GAUCUGGCAACACUGUGGUGGGGUUUCCUCGAGCGAGCGCGUGUUAUUUUUUUAAAUCCGCAAUUAUUAAUUAAAACCUGGCCGGGAUGUCGCUAAUUUCACGUCUACUGAUCGGGAACAACCCGCUGCGCCUGCGGGCACUGGAGUCUUUGGGUAGGGCCGGCUAUAGUUCGCAUGCCAAGUUCUCGGAGCACAAGCCCAUCGAGAAGAUCCGGAACAUCGGCAUAUCGGCGCACAUAGACAGUGGAAAGACGACUCUGACGGAGAGAAUCCUCUUUUACACCGGCAGGAUUGCGGAAAUGCACGAGGUUCGCGGAAAGGAUAACGUAGGUGCCACCAUGGACAGCAUGGAACUGGAGCGGCAGAGGGGGAUCACCAUCCAAUCAGCUGCCACAUACACCCUGUGGAAGGAGACCAACAUCAACAUCAUCGACACGCCGGGUCACGUGGACUUCACCGUGGAGGUGGAGCGUGCUCUUCGCGUUUUGGACGGCGCCGUUCUGGUUCUUUGUGCAGUGGGCGGUGUUCAGAGCCAAACGCUUACGGUCAACCGGCAGAUGAAGCGCUACAAUGUCCCCUGCCUGGCCUUCAUCAACAAACUGGAUCGCUUGGGCUCGAAUCCCUACAGAGUUUUGUCCCAGAUGCGGUCCAAAAUGAACCACAAUGCUGCCUUCAUUCAACUACCCAUCGGUGUGGAAAGCAACUGCAAGGGCAUUGUGGAUUUGGUGCGGGAAAGAGCUAUCUACUUCGAGGGCGAACACGGAAUCGAUCUGAGGCUGGACGAAAUCCCGCAGGACAUGCGAGUGGAAAGCCAAGAAAGGAGGCAGGAGCUCAUCGAACACCUCUCGAAUGCGGACGACACCUUUGGUGAACUUUUCCUGGAGGAGAAACCCUUCACGGAGGACGAUAUCAAGGCUGCUUUGAGAAGAACCUGCAUCAAGCGAACCUUUACGCCCGUUUUGGUGGGAACUGCACUAAAAAACAAGGGUGUUCAGCCACUGUUAGAUGCGGUUAUUGAAUACCUGCCCAACCCCGGGGAAGUGGAGAACUUGGCCUACAUAGAGAAGGAAGGACAGGAACCGGAGAAAAUUGUGUUGAAUCCCGCACGCGAUGGAAAGGAUCCCUUUGUGGGCCUGGCCUUCAAACUGGAAGCCGGCCGCUUUGGCCAACUUACCUACCUCAGAUGCUACCAAGGAGUGCUCCGCAAGGGUGACAACAUCUUCAAUGCCCGCACCAACAAGAAGGUGAGGAUUGCUCGCCUGGUUCGCCUGCACUCGAAUCAAAUGGAGGAUGUCAACGAGGUCUACGCCGGCGAUAUAUUCGCCCUGUUCGGAGUUGAUUGCGCCUCCGGAGACACUUUCACCACCAAUCCCAAGGACAACCUGGCCAUGGAGUCAAUUUUCGUGCCGGAACCCGUUGUCUCAAUGGCCAUUAAACCGACCAACACCAAGGACCGAGAUAACUUCUCGAAGGCCAUUGCCAGAUUCACCAAGGAGGAUCCCACAUUCCACUUCUUUUUCGACAACGAUGUGAAGGAAACUCUCGUUUCGGGAAUGGGUGAACUUCAUCUGGAGAUCUACGCCCAGCGAAUGGAGAGGGAAUAUGGCUGCCCGGUGACGCUGGGAAAGCCUAAAGUAGCAUUUAGGGAAACUCUGGUUGGACCCUGUGAAUUCGAUUACCUGCACAAGAAACAGUCGGGAGGAUCGGGACAGUAUGCCAGGAUUAUCGGUGUUAUGGAACCGCUGCCGCCCAACCAAAAUACCCUGCUGGAAUUCGUUGACGAAACAGUGGGCACUAAUGUACCAAAGCAAUUUGUUCCUGGAGUGGAAAAGGGUUAUAGAGAAAUGGCUGAGAAGGGCAUGCUCUCUGGCCACAAGUUGUCCGGCAUAAAAUUCCGCCUGCAAGACGGUGGACAUCACAUAGUGGACUCCAGUGAGCUGGCCUUUAUGUUGGCUGCCCAUGGUGCCAUAAAAGAAGUCUUCCAGAACGGCAGCUGGCAAAUCCUGGAGCCCAUUAUGCUGGUUGAGGUAACGGCGCCCGAGGAAUUCCAGGGUGCUGUAAUGGGACACCUGAGCAAACGUCAUGGCAUCAUCACCGGAACUGAGGGAACCGAGGGGUGGUUCACCGUCUAUGCGGAGGUUCCCCUGAACGACAUGUUCGGCUAUGCGGGAGAACUGAGAUCGAGUACCCAAGGCAAGGGCGAGUUCACAAUGGAGUACUCACGGUACUCGCCCUGCCUUCCCGAUGUCCAGGAUCAGAUUGUGCGCCAGUACCAGGAGUCCCAAGGAUUGGCUCAGCCCGACAAGAAGAAAAAGAAGAACUAAAUUAUAUUUUCUCCCUAGUACUAACUUUCAUCUCUAUCAAAUCGAAAUGUUAUUGUGUGUCAUUCUACUUUUGCUUAGUUAAAUUUUAUUUCAUACAAAAAUCUUCAGUUUCCACUGUGAUAAUUGCGACAUGUACAGAUUACUUGUAUAUUUAACAAAGACAGAAAAAAGUAAAAAAAAAAUUAUGCUCUUUGUUUUCAAAUUGUAUUUUAUACAUAUUAAUUGAAUAAAUAUAUAGAAUUGUAUUUUAUAAAUA